CCCUUCCCCCGCCCCUCCCCCUUGACGCUAUUUCGGCGUUAAUCCGCGGAUGUGAGUGCGGCGUCAUGGCGGACAUCAAAACGGGAAUAUUCGCUAAAAAUGUGCAGAAGAGGCUGAACAGGGCGCAGGAGAAGGUGCUGCAGAAGCUGGGAAAAGCCGACGAAACCAAAGAUGAACAGUUUGAACAAGUUGUCAUCAACUUCAGGAGGCAAGAGUCUGAAGGUUCGCGCCUGCAGAGGGAGAUGAAGGCCUACAUGGCUGCUAUUAAAGGAAUGCAACAGGCCUCUAUCAACCUGACGCAGUCCCUACACGAGGUCUACGAACCCGACUGGCACGGAAAAGAUGACGUCUUGACUAUCGGCAAGGACUGUGAUGCACUGUGGGAAAAUUUCCACAACAAGCUGGUGGACUCGACACUGCUGAAUCUGGACGGAUACUUGCUCCAGUUUCCUGACCUGAAGACUCGUGUGGCCAAAAGAAGCCGAAAACUCAUCGACUACGACAGCGCACGUCAUCAUGUAGAAACGCUGCAGAUGUCCGGCAUGAAAAAUGACCGCAAAAUGCUGAAGGCCGACGAGGAGCUGAGAAAGGCCCAGAGAGUGUUCGACGAGCUCAACGUUGGUUUGCAAGAUGAACUUCCGACUCUCUGGGACAGCCGAGUUGGGUUCUACAUCAGCACCUUCAAGAGCGUGACCAGUCUGGAAGCCAAAUUUCACCGGGAGAUUUCGCUGGUGUGUAAGCAGCUAUAUGAAGUGAUGAUGCAACUUAGCGAACAACACGCUGACAAAAUGUUCACCAUCCAAGGAGCACCGAGCGAUUCGGGACCGCUGCGUCUUGCUCGGACGCCGUCGCCACCAGAAGACGAAAGCCCGCCCGAGAGUCCGGAAGCCACAGCCUCCAAUCACACGCUGCGCCCGGUCUCUCCCGGACCUCCACGCCCCAAAUCUCCCAUGCAGAUGAAAAAGGGCCCUCCAGUGCCUCCGCCCCCCAAAGUCACCCCUUCCAAGGAGGUGGUGGAGGAGCAAAUCAUAGACCUGUUUGGAGGAGAGUUUUUACCAGCGCCGUCGCCAUCCCAGCCCAAUGAGAGGCCAGGAGAAUCUCUCCUCGAUCUCGAUUUUGACGCCUUCCAACCAGAUGAAAGUGUGUCGCCAGUACCGCAGACUGCUGUGCCUUGGGAUACGUGGUCGGCUCAGCCAGCCCAGACUGCUUCAGAAGGCGGGUUUGUCCCUGACUGGUCAGCAGACUUUGGUUCGGCGGCUACUGACGGGGAUGCCACAGCAGGGGAGGUCGCCGCAGGGGAGGCAUCUGAGGGGGCAGAGGGCGGGGAUCACCAAGGCAACGGAGAUGCGCUUCCUCCUCCUUCCAAGGACAGUGAGGCAGCCGAGGAUGAGGAUGCCACUGGCCCAUCAUUCUUUGCUGAUUUUGAUAAAAUGAAUGAAGUAAAAGCUGGAGCGGUUGAUGCUUCGGAGAUGCCAAAUUCAGAGCCUGAUGCUGGUGAAGAAGUGCCCCCGGCAUCCCUGGUUGAUGAAGAAGCAGGAAGUUGUGCCGCUCCGCUGGACGAAAAGCCCUUUGAAUCUGUUUCUGUUCCAGAAGAAAAGAAGGAAAGUCCUGUGGACGAAACUUCGGAAACCAUGCCCAUCCCAUCUGUGGUGAUCGAGCCAGCCUCGAGCAACGAAGGUGAUGACGAUCGCGACGCGGACAUAAUCUCACCGUCUGCUAUUAGCGACAAUGGCGCAGUGUCCGACAAGCAACCAGUCAAAAACCCGAGUUCGUGUCCAGGGGGACUCCCUGACGACUUCAUGUACAAGGUGGAGACGAUGCACGACUUCGAGGCAGCCAACAGCGAUGAGCUGGACCUGAAGCAAGGCGACGUGGUUCUGGUGGUUCCCACCGCCUCGGCGGAGGAUCAGGAAGCCGGCUGGCUGACGGGAUUUAAGCAAAGCGAUUGGAUGACGCUAGGAAGCAGAGCUCAAAAGGGACUUUUCCCGGAAAACUUUACUCAACGUUUGGAGUGAGAAGACCCUGCCUGCCUGCAUGUAUGGGAGGACAGGGUUGGUUGUCACAUUAUCACGAUUUAUCGGCUGGGAUUUGACACCAGUUUCAUUUUUAACUAUUUUUAUGGUGAUGAAAACGUGCAACUGAGUAUGUUCCCAUAAUCACAACAGUGCUUUCUGUUCAACGACUCGUUUUCUUAUGAUACUUCCCGAGUGAUUGAUUGACAUACAUAUCAUCGGACCAAUCAGGUGGCCUAAUUCAUGAGGCAAAAUAUUUGAAUUAGGGGUGGGAACCUUUGGCUACCUUACGAUACAAGGCUCACGAUAACGAUCACACGAUACAACAAUUAUCGAUAUGUGGGUCAGGAAUUCAUUCUACAAUAUACAACAUACUAGAUUUUGGGUCAUUUCCUGUUGAUUUAGGGCCAUUUGCAAAUCACUUCCUCUUGAGUUUGUGUUACUGAACGAGAAGUGACCCAGGAAUGUCCCCAAAUUAAUAGGAAGUAGGGCUGGGCGAUAUGGCCUAAAGUACGUAUCACGGUAAAUUGAGCAGAUUUACAUCGAUAACGAUAAAUGAUGAUGAUAAAUGUUUCUCGUUGAUUUAUUUACCAGAUUUCAAUUUUACAUAUUUAAACAAUUAUACAUGCAGUAUAAACAUUAAGUAUAUAAAAAUUUCUCUUAAACCAUAAGAAUUCAAGUAUGAACAUUUCUAACAGCUUUUAUGACUUGAACAAACAUGUCAUUGUAACACAAAUGACAGUUUGAACAAAACACUUCAGACAACUUAUUGUUAAUGGCUGCUGGGACAUAAUUACUCAACACAAGUGUUUUACUUCAAGGUUUCAGGUUUUUUUUCCCCCCAGAGCAUUUUCUAAAUACAUGCACGCACACACACAUUAAAGCUAUAUUGCUCUUUUGCCAAUGAAACAUUUAAGAUUUUAUCAGGGCAAUAAUGACAAAGAAUGAAGCAAGCACAUACAGAAAAAUAGCUGUGGCCAUUAAACGGUCAUAUUAUAGGCUUCACUGUUGCAUUAUAAUUCAUGCUGAAUGCUUUACCCACAUGAAAGAUAUGAAAGACAUCACACACACACAGAUACAAAAUAACACGACAUACUAAUUGCCAGAUGAAGUUGGCCCAAUCCACUCAUUUAGUUCAGCCGUUUUGAGUUUUAGUUAGCCUGUGGCCUAGCUUCCAGUAGAAAGCACCCUCUCCUGAAAUCGUGAGAACCAGGGAGGAAAGCAGAUGAAAGCCCGUUUGGAGGCUGCCAAGAGUCUACUUAAUGUCUGGUGAAAGUUUGGCAAAGCUCCCUUAAGCCAGACUCCAUCACGUUUGCUUGUAGCGUUAGCCGCUAGCGUUAGCCUACCAGGCUUCUGUUAAUGUUUGAGUUCCUGAUAACCACAUGACUUGACACAUAAGAACACUGACUGCUUUCUUAAAGGGGAAUGAACAUAGCCGAACAACACAGAGUCAAAGCGGAAUGAAAAGACUAUUUUCUUGUUUUACUAAAUUACCGAAUUUACCGACAUGGUCAAAAUUAUGUCUGUCAUCGUGAAGAAUUUCGGUAACGGUAAAUUUUCGGUAUACCACCCGGCGCUAAUAGGAAGUGACUCAAAAUCUAUAAAAGUGACCUACCUGAGUUUAAUUUUGCCAGAGGUGGCUGUAGCGGGUAAAUAAUGCGUCACUGGCGCAGACUACAACGUCACAACAGUUUGUAUCAGAGCAGUACCCACGUGCGACUACCUGGUGAAGGAUUUUUUCAAAAACUACUGGAGAGGCCUGUAGACCCUACUCACCGACAUCACAGAAUGACGUGUCGCUGUAUCUGGCCGCCAUAUUGUCCGUCUCUGUUUAGCCCUAUUCUCAAUGGUUUCAAUCAGUCGUUCAGUUUAUAGAGCGAAGCCCCAGUGCUUUCAGACGCUGUAAACUCAUUGGAUGCGUUGCAUAAAAGGCGUUAUGUGGAAAAGCUUCAGUCUAUCCAUUCGCCAGAUCCAUAUUUGAUGCCUAAAUCGAUAUUUUUUGACGCGCUGUCUUCGCCCUCUCUGCCUGACAUCUGCUACCCUGAUAUCUCCAACUAUCUUUUCCACAGAAACUCGGCCUAUUUUCACGAAACUUUGAAAAACAUUAAGAGCAGCACUCUAAGCAACAUUACCCUGUGUGAUUUCUAAAAUGGCGACAAUCCCAAAAAAAAAAAAAUUGACUGCGAUGGCCGACGCUUCAAGGAUAGGUGGAUAUUGGACUAUUUCUUCAAUAAAACACGCAACAACUGUGUCUGCCUCAUUUGCAAAGAGACAGUCGCUGUUUUCAAAGAGUUUGAUGUGACGUGAUAAUAACAAGUCACGCUGACAUGUACGACAUUACAGGGAAGAUACGCAGCGAGAAAUUAUAGCAACUUGAAGCUAGUUUAAUUUCACAGCAGCAGUAUUUCGCAAGAGCCCGAGUGUCGAAAGAGAAAGCCACAAAGACAAGACUGUUGAAAUUAUGAAAAAAAUGAAAUAAUAAAACAAAUGUGACACACAGAAGGGCUUGCUAACAUUUGUUUAAAUAUAUUGUUCUAUGUAAAUCAGCCAAGGUAGCCCCCCGCAUUUUUACCACACCAAAUCUGGCCCCCUUUGCAAAAGGUUUGGACACACCUGUUUAACUGAUGAUCUGUAGACGAGGCCAGCUUCUUUCACUUGGUACCAGCUAAAUAUUAUUCAAAAUGUAAUGACGGUGGAAGAAAUAAGCAUCUUGAAUUUGAAACUGUAUGUUGUCGACGAUUAGCCUCGCAAUAAUCUUAAUUGUGGUUGUCAGCCCAAAACCCUCUAAAUAUAUAUUAAAUGCAUCUUACCAGAUAUAAAAUGACUACUACAUAAUCCGUGGUAAUCGUUUGGAGCCCAGUUUUCUCGUCGAAUUGCAGCAGUCCAUCUCGCUCUCCUCUCCGGGUCUCUCGGAAUACGGUAGAACGUCAAGUCUCUCCGUCUAUCUUCUCUGUUAUUGCAACCCACCGCCACACACGCCUUCACCAUUUUGAUUAUUAAUGUUAACGAGCAGAAAAACACGCCAUAAUAGGAGGAAUUUACGUAGCGGUAAUGCGUCAAAACGACGAGUAGACGGACAAUAUGGCGCGGAGGCGUGGUUGUGACGUCAUGUGAGUAGGGUCUAUAGUCAUAGGAACUAACGACUCAGGCUCCUACAGUCCGAAAGCAGCUAAUGUUGCUUCACCAAAACACAACAUCCAUAUUUCAGGGUAUCAUGUACAUACAACAACUCAUUUAGAGAUACUCAACAUAAAAUUUAUUCCAUAAAUAAAUGUUCUGAAACAAUAAUUACAUACAAAGGGUCUUCACUUUCUAAAUAUGCAAAGUCGGCAUGCCCACUGACUGCACACUGUUGUGGGUUACUGCUUUAUAUUUAUUUUCUCGUUUUUUUUUUGUUUUUUUAAAAUUCUAUUUAUAUGAUUUACACAAUUGAGAGCUGCUGAAAAACAAUUUGACUGUGCCCUGUACACCCUUGGUCGGACAUUUUGAGGCAGAUGAGAAAGUGUCUCAAAACUUGUGACAGUGACAAGUAAAAUGGUUUGGAUUAGAGGUUGACCGAUUUUCAAAUGCCAAUAUUUGUGGCCGAAAUAUAUAUAUUUUAUAUAAGCACGUGGAUUAUGAAAGACAUUUAUUUUGAUGACCUGAGACUUUAAGGAGUAAUUUGGUAUAGUGCUACCAAACCAACGAACGCAGCACUUCUUUUUACAAUUAUAAACACUCAGCGAGAACAGUAUUUCCAAAUGAUUAAACCCACCAGGACAGCACGACCAGAUGUAAGCAAGUGAGAGAGUGAGAGUUUAAGAGGUUGCUCACCAUGCUAAAACUAAUGCUAUGCUAACGCUACGAGUUACAUUUCACAUGUAAGGAUCACUCAAACACUUUAAAAGGCUAAAGAAAAAUUGCAUUACAAUAUUCACAAAACAGGUAAGCCUGAAGUUCCUGUAGUAGACUUUGAGCUGCUGCAGGGUCCUUCAGGGGUCCUACCGUCAGUCAGCAGUGGCCACAUUUGCCUGAACAAAAUCCUUUCUUAUCGGCUGUUUUUUUGUUAACUGGCUGACGGCCAGCCGAUAUAUCGGUCGACCUCUAGUUUUGAUCAUUUGAACUGCUGAUCCUGUGACAACAAACCCCAGCUCAUGUUUUUAGCUAACGCUAAGCUAACAGCUAGCCACUCCAGCUCGUUUUUAGCUAAAAGCCAAGCUAACAGCUAGCAAGCGCUAGACAUCCAAUCCAUUUGAAGUGGGAGGGUUCAGUCCCAGUUCAAAUGGAAUGAACGUCUACAAGUGAUAAUCAUUGCAGUGAAAGUUUAAAAUAAAAACAGAAAAUUUGCCUCAUACCACACGUGACAACCAACCCUGUUCUCUCCAACAUAGAAAAAGACGGCCAAGUGUUUAUGUGUGCAUGUUCCCAUCUAAAAGCGUAGAAAUCAUCUCCGAAGAAAAGUACUGCAUAUUGUCCCUCAAACAUACCGUUUCAGGAUUCACCAGGUUUGUUCAGUUUUGAGUCACUGUUGAUGUGUUGUACAUGAUCACAUUUAUUUGUGAGACCGUACUCAUGUUUGUGUUGAUCAGUGCAGUUUGGCAACAAGUUGUGACAUUGCAAAUGGUUCUUUCCCAAAACAUGUAUUGUUCUUCAAAACAAUGUUCGUGUUAUUUAAAUGUGCAUAUGUAAUUUGAGGAAAUGAAAUGGGAUAUACAAAAAAAAAGAGUAAAUAUUCAUCGGACUUCAAGGGAAAUGGGAAAACAAAAUGCAAGACACGAAGGGGAUAGUAUGUGUGUAUUAGGUAGAGCAUAUCACUGUAUUGUGUUGUCACAAUUAAAAAUAUUUCUGGAAGGUUUGAUUUCAUUUGACAAAGGUA